CUCCCCAGAUCUGCUAGAAGUGCAGACACUGCCAGCAGUGUUGGGCUACCGGAUCUCAUCAUGCAGCUCCUGGCACCCCUCACCCUCUGCCUGGGCCUCUGGGCAGAGCUCAGCGCUGCUGUCAUCCCAGCGGAGGAGGAGAAGCCAUCUUUCUGGAACAAGCAGGCGGCUGAAGCCAUCGAGGCCUCCUUCAAGAUCCAGCCCAGGAUAAGCGAAGCUAAAAACCUCAUCCUCUUCCUCGGGGAUGGAUUCGGGAUCCCCACCAUCACGGCCACCCGCAUCCUAAAGGGGCAGAAGCAGGGGAAGCUGGGCCCCGAGACCCCCCUUGCCCUGGAUGCUUUCCCCUACGUGGCUCUCUCCAAGACGUACAACGUGGACCGGCAGGUCCCUGACAGCGCGGGGACGGCCACAGCCUACCUCUGCGGGGUGAAGGGCAACUACCAGACAGUGGGGCUGAGCGCGGCUGCCCGCCACUCGCAGUGCAACACCACAGCGGGCAACGAGGUGGUCUCAGUGCUGGAGCGAGCCCGCAAAGCCGGGAAGGCGGUGGGCAUCGUGACAACAACACGGGUGCAGCACGCAUCGCCCUCGGGGACCUACGCCCACGUGGUGAACCGCAACUGGUAUGCGGAUGCCAGCAUGCCCGCAGACGCCCGCCAUCAGGGCUGCAAGGACAUCGCCUGGCAGCUGGUCCACAACGUCGACAUCAACGUGAUCCUGGGGGGCGGUCGGAAAUACAUGACCCCUGUGGGGACACCAGACCCUGAGUAUCCCACCUACGAAUCGGAGAACGGGACGCGCGAGGAUGGGAAUAACCUCAUCAACAUGUGGCUGGAGGCACGGCCGGGCGCCCGCUAUGUCUGGAACAGGACAGAGAUGCUGGCUGCUGCCAACGACCCCAAAGUGAACUAUUUGAUGGGUCUCUUCGAACCUGGGGACAUGAAGUACAACCUUACGCGUAACACCACCCUGGACCCAUCGCUCACCGAGAUGAUGGAAGUUGCCAUCACCAUCCUGAGCAGGAAUCCCAAUGGGUUCUACCUCUUCGUGGAAGAUAAGCGCCCAUCUGCAGGUGGCAGAAUCGACCAUGGCCACCAUGACGGUGCAGCCCAGAAGGCGCUGACGGAGGCGGUGGAGUUCGACCGGGCCAUUGAGCGGGCAGGUGCCCUGACAGAUGAGGCGCAGACCCUCACCGUCAUCACCGCUGACCACUCGCACGUCUUCUCCUUUGGUGGCUACACCCUGCGUGGCUCCUCCAUCUUCGGUCUGGCCCCCAGCAAGGCCACUGAUAAGAAGAACUACACGUCCAUUCUCUAUGGGAAUGGGCCAGGCUACCUGGGCUCCAGCCGGACCGACGUGGAUGAGGACACAGCCAAUCAGUACAACUACUUGCAACAGGCGGCCGUGCCCCUCGACUCAGAGACCCACGGCGGCGAGGACGUGGCCAUCCUGGCCAAGGGCCCCAUGGCUCACCUCUUCCACGGGGUGCAGGAGCAGACCUACGUGGCACACGUCAUGGCCUACGCCGCCUGCCUCGAGCCCUAUACCACCUGCCGCCAGCGGGACUCUGCCCCUGCCGCCCGCGCCACCUCCCUGGCCCUGCUCCUGCCCACCCUCCUCCUGCCCCUCUUCCACUGACCCCACGGCCCCCGGGGCACCCCACAGGCACUGUCUGACCCGUGUCCCCCCCUCCCCAUGGCUGCGGCACCUCUAAGGCGGCCACCAGCUCUGGAGCAUCCUUCAUCCAGAUGCGGCAGCUGUGCAGCACCGAA